ACAUGAGCGAAACAUGGCCGCUUCCAUCAGGACACUUAUCCUCAGAGUUCUCUGUGAUUCCACGCGUAAUAUUCAACAUGUUUCAAGGAGUCGAAUCAAACAUUCAUGCUGUAAUGCGGGAAUCACAGUAUGUCGCGGCUACAGUGAUGGCUCGGAAGGCAAAAGUACACACUUUGGUUUCGAAACAGUGCCAGAGGAGGAGAAAGCAGAGAGAGUUUAUAAGGUGUUUGAAAGUGUGGCCAAGAAGUAUGACGUGAUGAAUGAUGCCAUGAGUUUGGGAACACACCGCCUCUGGAAAGACGCGCUUCUGCACGUAAUGAAUCCUCAGCCUGGACUGCGGCUACUGGACACAGCUGGUGGCACUGGUGACAUCUCUUUCCGCUUCCUGGAGUACACACGCUCGAUGUAUGAUCGUCAGCAGCGGCAAAGAGCACGGUCCAUUCAGACACCAUCAUGGCAGGAACUUUCCAAAUAUUAUAAGACAGACGAAGAAGGGCCUCGACAGUCCCGGGCGGUUGUGUGUGACAUCAACAAAGAGAUGCUUAAAGUCGGUAAACAGAGGGCAGAAAAAGCAGGAAUCAGCACAGGUAUCUCGUGGGUCGUGGGUGAUGCAGAGGAGCUCCCAUUCGAUGACAAUCAGUUUGACAUAUACACUAUUGCAUUUGGCAUCAGAAAUGUCACUCACAUAGAGCAAGCUCUACAAGAGGCUUUCCGGUCCCUUAAACCAGGUGGAAGAUUCUUGUGUUUAGAAUUCAGCAAAGUGUCGAACCCUCUGCUUGCAAGGCUGUAUGAUACAUAUAGUUUUCAGAUGAUCCCUGUGCUUGGUGAAGUGAUAGCCGGAGACUGGAAGUCAUACCAGUAUCUGGUGGAGAGCAUACGAAAAUUCCCAGACCAGGAAACAUUCAAAGAAAUGAUUGAGGAUGCUGGCUUCUUCUGUGUCCAGUAUUUCAACCUGACUGGGGGAAUUGUUGCCAUACAUUCAGGGUUCAAGCUAUGAAUGUGCAGUCAGUACACUUGCCGACGACUCUCCCUCCAACUGAACAAUGACCAGCUCACUUUCUUUUCUACCAACAGAGGAAUUCAUCAGCACUUACCUGUUGCUUGUGAACAUCACAAUACUCGAACUCCACUUCACACGAGGACCAUGCAAUGUAUUUAUAACAUGAACAUACGCGAUGUUGUGCUUGAGAAAAUAAAAAAACACUCAAAUGUGUUUACUUUAAUAAAACCAUAUAUUUUAGGAUCUUUGUACACUGUUACAAAACUGUAGUACAUUUUUUAAAUCAGUUUUUGGUCAGAGAAUAUUUAAUUGUCUUGUGUGCAAUUACCAUGUAUUUACAAAGUCUCUUAUUAGUGAUAAAAAAAAAAAACUCAGACACUCUGAACAUAAGACAUGGCUUAAAGAUAAAUAUAUUAGUCAAUAAAUAUUCAGAGAACAUAUUUCCAUUUAUGAAAUGUGCUGCUAUACAGAUACAGAAAUAUACACAGAUCAAGCUCUAACCUUUAACAUUUGUAAAAUGAUUAUGGAGAAAAUUAUAUCUUAAAAAAUAAAAAAUAUUAAUUUGUACACAUUUUCUUUUAUACAAUCUUAAGUGCUACAAACAAUACAAAAUAUUAAAUAGUGACUCGAGUACCCCAAAAACGAUAUAUUUGCAGUACAUAUCUCUAUGCAAGGCAAGAGUAGAUUCUCAUGUUACGGCAAUGUUUUAGUCUAUGCAUAAAUAAAAAGUUACUUUAAAACAACCGCCGUGUAAGCUGUAUGGGUACAUUUCAUAGAAACAGUAUAAAAUACUCUGUAAAAACAGAAAGGCAAGAUGAUAUGAUGGUGUAUAUUUGUAAAAGCAUGAGUGCAAGUGUGUAGUAUGUCAUUAAAAAUAUGUAUGCCUCUGUGUGUAUAUAUAUAUAUAUACACACACACACAACUGCAUUCCAAUCUCUUUAAACGAUUAUACUUUGGUGUCUUUCAGACAAACUGUAUAACAAAGGAAUAGAACAACUUCCCGGGGUCAAUUACUACAAGUUCUGUACCUCUAACAAUAGAGUAGCCCGGUUCUGAUUCUACCAGUGGUGCUGGAUUUUACCCCCGGAGACAAACUAAACUUUGGUGUGAUGCACAUGCAGCUCAGUAGUCUCCACUGAUAACAUUGAUUAUUAAAAAUAAAAUACGUUUUUUUGACUUGGUCUGUUUCUGUACUAAAAAGAUAAAGGCCCUGAGAGAAUAAAAGAAAGGUGUACGUUUUCAGUGAGAAAUGACCUUAGCACCUGAUGUGCACUCCCAUGUUCUUGAAAUGUUCCAUUUUGGUUUUUAUUUCACUAAACAAUAGCAUAUAGUUGAUUGAGAUGUACGUGCAUGCCGUAUGAAUUCAUAAUUCUCGCAUGCAUGCAAUUCUGAAUUAGUGUAAAAAAAAGAAAAAAAAAAAGACCAUUCAAAUCAUAUUAAAGAGAGCAGCAUGCAAAUAAUGACACUAAGUUUGACUCACAUUUCUGACUUUGUGUAGCAUAUGGAAGCAUGUGAAAUAAAAAAAUAAAAAAAAUGAUUAGCUUUGUA